AUGAAAUCCAAAACCCCGGUAGUCCUCUACUGGCACCGCACCGACCUCCGCCUCCACGACUCACCGGCCCUCCACGCCGCCCUAACCCUAAAACCCUCCGUCUUCAUCCCCGUCUGGACCUGGGACCCGCACUACGUCUACCGGACACGCGUGGGCCCUAACCGCUGGAAAUUCCUGCUGGAGUGCCAGUCCGAUCUGUCGCGGUCAUACACGGCACUCAACCCCAAGCAGCGGCUGUGGGUUGUGCGCGAGGCGCCGCAGACGGUCUUCCCGAGGCUGUGGGCGCGAUGGCGCGUCACGCAUCUGGUGUUCGAGAAGGACACGGAUGCGUAUGCGCGGGAUCGAGACGAGGCUGUGAUGCGGAUGGCGACGGAGGCCGGGGUGGAGGUGGUUGUUUGUGGUGGGCGGACGCUGUUCGAUCCUGAUGAGCUGGUGAGGAAGAAUAAUGGGCAGCCGACGAUGAGUAUUUCGCAGGUGCAGAAGGCGGCCGAGGAAAUUGGGGAUGGGGUGCCGGAGAGACCGCUUGGGAGACCGACGAGUAUCCCUGAUCCGUGGGAGGAGGGCGUCAUGGAUUUGGGUGGGCUGGAGGAGGAGCGACAGGAGCGGCCUGAUGCAGAGCCGGAUCUUAACAAGGUGCAUAGGACCGGUGGGGAUGAGCAGUAUAGUGCACUUAUGGGGCCGAGGAGGGACUUUGGGGUUCCGACGAUGGAGGAGAUUGGGAUCGAUGCGUCGCAGGCGAAGUCGCCGCAUCCUGGCGGGGAGACGGCGGCGCUGGAGCUGCUGAAGAGGUAUAUUCAGGACGAGGAGUACGUGGGAACGUUCGAGAAGCCCAAGACGUCGCCGGCGGCGUUUGAACCGCAGGCGACGACGCUGCUGUCGCCGCAUCUGCAUUUCGGGUCGUUGUCCGUGCGGAAGUUCUGGUGGGAUGUGCAGUCGGUGAUGGAGAAGCGGAAGAAGCAGAAGAAGGCGAAUGCGCCUAUCCCGACGAAUCUGCCCGGUCAGCUGCUCUUUCGCGACAUGUACUUUGCCGCGCAGGCGGCCAUCGGUCACCCGUUCGGGCAGACAAUGGGCAACAAGCAUGUACGGUUUAUCGAUUGGCAUCUGCAGUCGAACCAUACCAAGACCGAAGAUGGGAAGUACAAGUCGGACGGGACGUAUACCGUCGACUCCCCGGACGCAGAGAACUGGUUUCGACGAUGGAAGGAAGGACGAACAGGCUUCCCCUGGAUCGACGCUUUGAUGCGCCAGCUCAAGCAGGAGGGCUGGAUCCAUCAUCUGGGGAGACACAGCGUCGCAUGUUUUCUGCCUCGAGGAGGCUGCUAUGUGAGCUGGGAACGGGGUGCCGAAGUAUUCGAAGAGUGGCUCGUUGAUCAUGAAACGGCGUGCAAUGUAGGCAACUGGCAGUGGCUCUCCUGCACCGCGUUUUAUGCCCAGUUCUACCACUGCUACUCCCCUAUCGCGUUCGGCAAGAAAUGGGAUCCCGAGGGCCACUUUGUCAGACGGUAUUGUCCAGAGCUUUCAAACUUCGACAAGAAGUACAUCUAUGAGCCUUGGAAAGCGCCAUUAGCAGAUCAGAAGAAAUGGGGAUGCCGAGUGACGGGAGACGGCAGUGGAACCGAUGACUCGAAAGAGGGAAUGCAGGUGUAUCCAAAACCGAUGUUUGACUUCGAUGAGAGAAGACGAAAAUGUCUGGACAAUAUGAAGCAGGCGUAUAGUAUUGGAUUGCACGGGGAUGAUCCAGAGGUGAAAGAUGGGUCAUGGAAAGAGGCUUUUGGAGUCGCCGAUGCAAGCAGACCACAGCUGUUCCGUUCUGAAUCUCAACAGUCAAUUGCUGCGUCGGAUGAUUACUAUUCCCUAUCGGAUCGCACGACAACGUCCAGUUCCAGAACUCCAAGCGCGGGGAGUCGUCUCACCGUCCAGCGGUAUGCUACACCGAAUUCCCAUCCUGUCUCCUACGCAUCAUCUCCCGCGGUAUCUCGAACGCAUCUAGGCGCCAAUAUGGCUAGUUCUCGAUCGCAGCAUUCCAUUCUGGAACAGUCCCGAAACAGGAAUGUUCCUCCCUCUGGCCCCAGUCCAGCUCGAUUCGAGCAGGCCAGACUAGUCCCCGUCAGCGGCAUGUCCGACGAGUCCAUUCGACAUGUCCCUAAUGAUAGUUAUGCCGGCCGAUCACCGACUCCCGGGAUGGACGACUCGCCAUACAUUCGAUUUGCCAUCAAUCAGCUCACACGAGAAGACGAGCCGGCGAGCUUAUCGAGGCAAUCCUCGGUCGCAAGUGUCGAAUAUCCACCACAGCCUCUUGUAUGGGAUGCAGCUCUGGGCCAGUUCACCCGUCCUUCGAAGCCUAAAGGAAGUCCAUUACGGCCUUCACAAGAACGACUAGACCCGCAGAGUCCGCCAGAAAGGUCGCCACAGAACUCGGUGGAUCCGGAGGCAUUUGUUGCGGUUGACCCUCCGGACAAUAACCUGCUUUAUCCCCCACUGAAUUUUGUGCCUAUUGUUCUACGACCAUGGGCACUAGCUCUGACCAUCUUUUCUUGCUUUCUCAUGAUUGCCGGUGUUGUCUUUUGCAAUGUCUGGUCUCAGCGACACAAAGGAAUCUGGGACUACGAUGGACAGGGAGGCUCACGGUAUUUCGUGGUUCAAUUUCUACCCCAGAUUCUGGCCGCUAUUAUCACCGUCUGGACAUUUGUAAUCCAGGCGGCUGUAUACCGCAUCAUGCCAUUUGCAACUAUGGCAUCCGAGAAACCCCAUGAUCGGGUGAUACAGGGGCUGCCAAUUCUGUCACGCAACUUCCUGCUUCCUGACUGGUCGUAUUUUAGACACGGAGAGCCCUUAGCUGGGUCUGCUCUGGUUACGAUUUGGAUCUCUAACCUCAUUACAAUCCCGCUUCUCAGCUGUUUCUUCCAAGCAAAGUGGUACCUGAUCAAUGGCAUGGGGCAGUGGCGAUGGAAUGCUGUCGUAGCUGUCGGGUGGACACUCGUGGCCGUUUACGCGUUGCUUGCUCUUGGGCUGAUGGCACUCCUAAUUCGCUUUAUGCGGACAUGGUCUGGACUGAUGUGGGAUCCUGUCAGUCUGGCUGACCUGAUUCCUGUCAUCCAGCGAUCAAACGUUCUGCAUGACUUUGAACAAUCAGAGACAGUAGCAAAUGUCGGAAGUGCCCUUGAGCCCAGAGUCCUCCGGCUGGGCUAUUGGCAAGUGUCGAACCGCGCUGAGGUCUUCUACGGAGUUGCCGAGGUUGAUGCCCCGAUACGGAAUCCAUCUCUGCAUCGACCAGAGAUGAGCCGUGAGAAGCAACCACUGGUCUCCAGGGUCUCCUUCGACAUCGAGCGACGGAGCACUCAUGCGGCCGAAGGCUUUGAACAGCAACUAUAUUCCCAAUCCGUCCGUUAUCGCUGGGCGCCGUGGUUUCUCAAAGACACCUUCGUGGUCGCUUGGUCGGUGAUCAUUGGCGCGCUUUUUAUUGCCUUUGUGCUCGUCAGCUUUAUCCACGAUGCCAUUAAAGGCGGGUUUCCUCCAAGGUUGCCAACAUUGCCCUCGACAGGCGCUUUCUCAUCCUCAAACUUCUUGUACAGCUUUAUCCCUGCUCUGAUUGGCAAUAUGCUGUUCCUCUCCUGGCAACCGAUCGAUGUCUACUUCCGUGCGCUGCAGCCGUACGCCACUUUGUCCUGUCCAGAUGGCGCUCGAGCGGAACAAACCCUAUUGCUAGGAUAUACCGCCUCCUUGCCUCUUCAGGUGACUGUGCAAGCUAUUCUGAAUAAGCACUACAAAGUGGCCUGGAUCUCUUUGAUGAGCAUCGUAUACGCAGCUCUCCCUAUACUGGCUGGAGGCGUCUUCAUUGCCCUCUGGUAUCCCUCGCACGAAGAGGUACGAAUCGCAGCAUUGAUGCCUGCUUUCUAUGCCUUGGUUGCCUUCUGCGCUCUAUACACCAUAUCAUUUUUGUGUAUAUGGCCCCGCCGAUGCCGUUAUCUUCCUCACGACAUCAGCACACUAGCAGACCAAAUCAGCUUCUUUUACCAAAGUCCUCUUCUUGCCGAUAAGCUCCUCCGCGAACCCAGAAGCCAGACGGAUCUUAUCACUCGACUAGUAACGGCACCUCCGGGAGAAAGGGAAUAUCCAUUGUACGGCUUUGGGAUCUAUGUCGGGCGUGAUGGGAAAGAGCAUCUUGGAAUCGACCGAUUCCAACGACCUGGACGGUCCGAUAUGCUAAUCACGACUGGAACGAUGGAAGCCUGA